GGGGAGAGCAGCAGCAGCAGCAGCAGCAGCAGCAAGAGGGCGCUGCAGCAGCUGCUGCAGCGCAGCAGCAGGACAGCCGAAGCUGCAUGCAAGUGCGAAGUCCAGCCCCAAGACUUCGAGGACUUCGCGCAUGCAGUUUGCGUGGAAGAAGAGCUUUACGGCCAGGUCUACGUCAACGGCAGGAUCUUACUUCCCUGCAUCCCAGGACUAGACCCUUUUCUUUGCCUCUUUAUCUGCAUCGACGGCCAGCCCUAUGCGCAGCUGCAGCAGCCCCUCGAUUUGCUGCAGCUGCAAGCUGCUGCACUUAAAGACAGGGGCCCCCGGGGGCCCCCCGGGGCCCCGGGGGCCCCCAGGGGCCCCGGGGCCCCGGGGGCCCCCGGGGCCUCUGGGGCCCCUGGGGCCUACCACCAAACCCUGCCUCUUGUCUCUUUGAAGCCGCUGAAGAGUUUUGGCCCUGGUCCGUACUGCUGCGGGAACAUUGAGGUGUGGGGCGGCUUUUUCUUCUCUAAUUCCAAGCUCCUCUGCCCCGCCUCUCCAUCUCGAGCACCCUCUGCUACCGCCUUCGCUGCUGCUGCUGCUUAUGCUGCUGCUGCCGCUGCUGCUGCUUGUGGUGCUGCUGCUUAUGCUGCUGCUGAUGCUGGUGGUGGUGGUGGGGGUGGUGAUGCUGGCGCUGGUGGUGAUCAUGCUGCUGCUGCUGCUGCUGCUGCUGGUAAUGCUGCUGCUGCUGGUGAUGCUGCUGCUGAUGAUGGUGAUGGUGGCGAUGAUGUUGCUGCUGGGGGUGGAGGUGGGGCUGCUGAAAGCUGUGCUGCUGCUGCGGAUACUGCUGUUGCUGCUGCUGCUGCUGAAGACACCACUGGCGCGUUGGGGAUUUUGCGGUGUUUGCCUGCAAACCCUGAAUUCAUUGGCGACCAAGUGCCUGUGGAUGUGGUUGCGGAUUCUUUGAUUGUUGCUGCUGCUGCUGUUGCUGCUUCGAACGCGUUGCUGCUGCAGCGCGCGGGGAGCGCAGCAGCAGCAGCAGCAGCAGCAGCGGACGACAGCGUCGCUGCAGCAGCAACGCGCGCAGCAGCAAGCCACGUGGACCCGAACUGCAUUCUGUGCCCCGUGGAGCUGCCGCCGCUGCAGCAGCAGCAGCAGCAGCAGCAGGCAGCGCACGUGGGGGCGUCUGCUGCUGCGCCGGCGGUGGCUGCUGCUGCAGCGGGCCCCUGCGAGCUCGGCGCUGCAGCAGCAGCAGCAGCAGCAGCAGGCAGGCCCGGAGUCUACGUGGUCCACUGCUGCAGCAGCGACUUAAACCCCACAUUUUGGAAAGACCUUUUAAUCCACGGAAGAGAGUAUAACAUGUUGUGUCCCUUUUACGCCAGAGUCAAGAGACACAUGACCACUCCUUUCUUCGACACCGACUUCAAGCAGUUCAAAAGGUUUGCUGCUGCUGCUGCUGCUGCUGCUGCUGCUGCGGCGGCGGCGGCGGGGCUUCCGGGGGUGCUCCUGGCGUCGCUCGGGCGCUGCUGGUUGUUGCUCGCCGCCUGCUGCGGCUGCUGCUGCUUUGCUGCUGCUGCUUUGCUGCUGCUGCUUUGCUGCUGCUGCUGCUGCUGCUUUGCUGCUGCUGCUUUGCUGCUGCUGCUGCUGCAGCUUUGCUGCUUCUGCUGCUUUCCCGCUGCUGCUGCUUUCCUGCUGCUGCUGCUGCUUUCCUGCUGCUGCUGCUGCUGCUUUCCUGCUGCUGCUGCUGCUGCUGCAGCAGGCGAGGCGGCGUUUGUGGGCGUUUGCAGGCGCUUUUUCGUGCAGCAAAAGCUGCCGAGUUUGCUGCUGUGGCACUCGCUGGGGCGCGUGGCUCCUGCUGCUUCGCAGCUGCAGAAGGGGCUGGAUUUGCUGCUGCUGGGUCUCCAAAAAGCAGAAAAAGCUGCUGAGGCGCUGCACCCCUUUUCUUACCAAGAGUGGAUUUUCGAGCAGCGCAGCGCGGUGUACAUACACCGCAUGCUCGCCCCACACGAGCGCGCCCAGUGGGCCGUCUCCGUCCAGAACAUCAACUGGAGAGAAUACAUCCACUAUUUCUUCUACGGAAUUGCUAGGUGGCUCCUUAAAGAGCCCUCGGAGGCGCUGGAGGAGGUGGAGCGGGAGGUGUGGAGGGAGGUGGAGUGUAUGUACACCGGGAUGGCGGGGAGCAUCGAGCCGCACGUGGUCUACCUUUUGGCGGGAUUGUUUCAUAAAUCAUUUUCUUUUUUAUUUGAUCGAAUAAUAGUGGAAGAAACGCACAUGCAGCAGCUGAAACGAGCUGACUUCCUGCUGGUUUCCUACAUCUGCUUCACCUACGGAGUGCCGCUGCCCUUCAUCGCCGCAGACGAAGCCUUCGGGGCCAUUCGAAUGGCCCACCAGCUGCUGCGGAGGGCGGGGGCCUUUUUCGUGUCGCGGGGGGGCGAAAGGGGAAAAGGAGAAAGUUUGGAAAAAGAAAUAAUUCCAAAAAUCAAAAAAGUUCUUCUCCAACUCUUCGUCAAAUGCGUCGCACGCAGAUACGGAGUCCUCGAGGUUUUUCUCGAGGGCGGCCGCAGCAAAACAGGACUGAUGCUGCCCCCGAAGCUGGGGCUGCUUUCCUGCGCCGCCGACAUGCUCUUCAGCGGCUCCGUCUCCGAAGUUUUAUUUAUUCCGAUUUCGAUUUCUUACGACAGAGUGUUGGAGGCGGAGACGUUUCCGCAGGAGCUUCUGGGCGAGCCGAAGAAGGCGGAGUUCGGGCCCGGCUACAGACCCUUCGGAACCGCCAGCGUCAACGUCAUGCCCCCCAUGAGCUUCAGGGAUUAUCUCUUUUCCAACUGGGCCGAUGAGGGGCCCCUCAAACCCUUGCUGGGGGCCCUUCGCCACUCCUGCGUUUCUCCCAUGGCGCAGUUUGGCUCUUUGCCCACUCUCACGGGGCAGCCGCAGCUGCAGCAGCAGCAGCAGCAGCAGCAGCAGCAGCAGCAGCAGCAGCAGCAGCAGCAGCAGGUGGAGGAGGAGGAGGAGCAGCAAGAACCCACAAACCCUAAUAGUUUUGCUGUGCUUCGGGCCAGCGGCUCUUUGCCUCCAGUGCCAGAAGAGCUCAAGAGAAAAAUUUGUCGCCACUUGGCGUCGACGUUGAUGGAGAAGUUGAGCGAAGGGCUUUACGUGACGGCGACCUCUUUGGUGGCCACAGUGUUGGCGCUGCACAAGGACGGGAUUCGCGAAGAAGACUUGAUAUCGCAGGUGACCUGGCUGCGCGACCUGCUGCUGCAGCGCGGGGGCCUCUUGAGUCCCUACAUUUGCGGCUUUUCUUAUGACCCUUCUGCAGCAGUUCGAACAGCUUUGGGUCGCUAUUUGAAAAAUGUGGCGGAGGCCAAAGGCGAGGGUUGGUGCGUGGCGGGAGGGUACGGGGGGGGCCCCCCGGGGGCCCCCGGGGGGCCCCCCGGGGGCCCCCCGGGGCCCCUCCGCAUGCACCUGCCGCGCCUGCUGCUGGCCUACUACCGCAACCAGUGCAUGCAUGUCUUUGCAAAUGAAGGGUUUGCUGCGCUGGCCUUAAGUGCUGCGGGGGGCCCCCUGGCCUUCUCCAGGGGGGCCCCCCUCUCCGCCAUCAAAGCGCAUGCAGCUUUUCUCCUGAAGCUCCUCAGCUGCCACUUCGUCUACGCCGGCAAAGUCAACGAAGACACCUUCGAAGCCGUUUUAGAUCUGAUGGAGCAGCGGAAGAUCUUGCUGCGGCAGGGGGGCCCUGCAGAAAAGGAAAACUUGGUUUUCAAUUCUGAACAAGAAGCUUUAGUUCUUCUUCUUUGCAGCUUUUUGUGGCCUUUUGUGGACAGCGUCUGGGCCUUGGGAAACACUUUGUUCACUUUGCAGAGCCACUCCCCCGGCGAAAUGGCGCUGAAGUUGACGACGCCGCAACUGAGGAAGCAGCAGCUGGUGGCGCGGGCGCACUGGCUUGCUGACGGUCUGUGCAAAGAAGGCAUUAUUUCUUACUACGAAAGCACUUCUUUUUCCACUCUGAAUCGCGCCAUAGACGGCUUCGUUGCGUUUGGAGUUCUGCGGAAAGCAAACGGAGGAACUUCGACGGAAACCGACAAAGACACUUUGCUGGAGUUGACGCCGCAGUACCGUGAGGAGGCGCAUUUGCAAGAGUUCUUGAACAAAAUCCACAAGUUCCGCCACGCGGCGCUCUUGGAGGCGUCGCAGCCAAAUGCCCAGCACGCGAAGUGA